AUGUAUCUAAGUAGGACCUGGAUUAGUGCGAGGUCUCUGAUCCUGAUUACAGCCACCACCAGCAUUGACGAAAUCAUACGCAAGUUCAAGCGCGACGGGCUGGACUAUACCGAAUCUAAACACCGCAUCCCUACCCCCAUCGAAGGCACAUGCGAAUGGGUCAAGAAAUGCAGCAAGUACGAACAAUGGAUCCGCCAGCCUUGCGGGAUAUUUCUCGUGGUUGCAGAUCCGGGAUGUGGGAAAUCGGUGUUGGCAAGGGCCAUGGUCGACGAUUUCCAAAGGGUUCAAGAGCGAGAGAACGCCCUCGUCUGUUAUUUCUUUUUCGAGAGUAACGUGGGCAUUCAAAGAAGCUCAACCAUGGCCUUCGGUGCCCUCAUACAUCAGGUGUUAUCGAAGAACCGUGAUAUUGCUCGAGCCUCAUUGGAGAACAUGGUGGUUGACGGAGACAACCUCAAUGAGGAUAUCCAACCCUUUUGGGACUUGCUCAUGAAGAUAUUGCAAUCUUCCAGGAAGCAGGUAAUCUGUGUUUUGGACGCUCUCGAUAAUUGUGAAGACGGCGAGGAACUCCUGGAGUAUUUGAUCAAGAAUUGUCCCUCCUCGACGCUUUCGGCAUCCAGGAUAAAGUUUUUCCUCACGAGUCGCCCGUUUGGCAAGCUAGCCAUGCUGAUUGACAAGCCGGAUAACCCCCCGGAGUUCAGUGUCGUCAAAGACAAUGACGCAAAUAACAAAGAGAGGAUUCGGGAAGAAAUCAGCCGCGUCAUUCAGAAGCGAGUGCCAGAAGUUGCUGCCUUCCGGGAUCUGACACCAUCCGAGGUAUCAGCGCUGAUCAGUGACUUGCAACGAAAGAACGGAGAUGCCACAUAUCUUUGGGUGGACCUCGUUCUAAAAGAACUGCAGAGGAAAGAAAACCAGCAGUUGACUAAGAAGGCAUGGUUGAAUCUGGCUCGUACCUUUCCCAGAUCCCUCGAUUUAGUCUACGCCAAGAUGCUGUCGGAAGUGAAUGAUGUAGCCUAUGCUAGGCGACUCAUGCACAUCCUUAUAGCAGCCCGGAGGCCUUUGACUUGGCAGGAAGCAAACAUCGCAGUCGAACUCCGGUGCAACUUUGCUUCCGAUGAGCCUUGGGACGCGGAGGAGACGGAGAAUUCCGAGAGGGCUUUCAGGACACGGCUUUUAGCUUGUUGCGGAUUCUUCAUGACAAUCUCUUCCGGGAAAGUCCAUUUCAUUCACCAAACAGCCCGAGACUUCCUUCUA